AUGAUUAUUUCAGAGAAGAACCGCAGAGAGAUCUCCAAGUACCUCUUCCAGGAGGGGGUAUGCUAUGCGAAGAAAGACUAUAACUUGGCCAAGCACCCAGAGAUCGAUGUGCCAAACUUGCAAGUUAUCAAGCUGAUGCAGAGUUUUAAGUCGAAGGAAUACGUUCGAGAGACCUUCGCUUGGAUGCAUUACUACUGGUAUCUUACCAACGAGGGCAUUGAGUUCCUGAGGACUUACCUUAACCUUCCAUCAGAGAUUGUUCCAGCAACUUUGAAGAAGUCUGCUAAGCCUCUUGGCCGCCCUAUGGGUGGACCUCCUGGUGAUCGCCCUCGUGGACCCCCAAGAUUUGAAGGCGAUAGGCCUAGAUUUGGCGACAGGGAGGGAUAUCGUGGUGGUCCACGAGGAGGACCUCCCGGUGAAUUUGGAGGUGACAAAGGUGGAGCUCCAGCAGACUAUCAGCCUGCUUUUAGGGGAGCUGGUGGAAGACCUGGCUUUGGUCGUGGAUCUGGGGGGUUUGGAGGCGGCGCUCCUCCGAGUUCCAGUUUCUCUUAG